AUGUAUGGUUAUGAUGAUGUCGAAUUAUCUUGUUGGUAUCGAGAUUCAGGUGAAGAACAUAGUAUAAUAUGGCAAUGGAUUACUUUUUUCGGUUGGGUGGAUGUGUCUAUCUUAUAUUGUGCAGUAAUUAUUACUAUGGUUAUUAGAAAACUUAAAUCUGCGACAGAAAACGAUGUUUUGGAAUCUGCUCCAAAUUCUAUGAAAUCUUGUCAUCACUCCUUAAUUAAUCAGUCUUUGGUUUUUUCGGUUGUUAGAAGGGUUGUGUGGUAUCCUCUUGUGCCAUUGAUUGUUCAAUUUUUUAACUCUUUACUUGAAACCUACGCUUAUACUCAUAAAGUGAUCAAUUCUUCUGAAAAUAAUCAAAAUAACGAUUCAAAAUGUGAUAUUAUUCUUAACAAUCAAAAUAAUGAUAUUCAUUUAAUUCACCCUGAUCCUGUUCAUUUAAAAGAUUCUUCAAUAGAUUUUUUACCUAAUGAUUCAAAUAUAUUACCUAUAUCUGAUCCUUUAAUAGGUAGUUCUAGAAUUAAUCAACAUAACCCAACUAAUAUAAAUAACAUAAAUAGUGUACAUAUAUCAACCUGUACGAUUGAUGUGGAUGAAAGACAGAUUGACGUUAUGCAUGUUAAUGAUGAAUCAACAAAAAGUGUAUCAGAUGAAUUGACAAAAAUAUUGAAUUCAGAUAAUCAAUUAUCUGAGGAAAUUGAAUCGCAUAAACUAAUGUUAAGAAAAAUAUAA